UGCCCCCGGCGCGCCUUCCGGCCGGGCGCCGCGGGGCGGAGGCUGCCGGUGUUGGCUUAAAAACAGCAAAAGUGUCGGAAAAAAAUGCCCUUGAUAAUACGCAGAAAAAUGUGCUGGGGUGUUACCAGAAGGGAAACUGCAAAAAGCCGUUCUGCAUGCUCGGGGAGGCCGUGCGUCGGGUCUGGGGGGAGCCUGGCCCCCGGCCUGGCGUUGGGGUCUCGGCUACCUCCGUGCGGAAGGGGCAGAGCAGCCGGGCUGGCUUGUGCUCUCGUGGUGCUCUGCUGCCGAGCCGUAGUGCGGCACCGAGAGCUGUGAGGAAGGGGCUUAGCGUUCACGGUUGGACAAAAAAUACAAAAAGCAGGCAGAUUUGGUGGAAACUUGUGGAAAGGCAAGUUUGUUUAAAAAAACAAACAAACAAACUUGUUUUCCCUAAUAAUGGGAUUUGUGGUUGCUGCUGUUAAAAAUAGUUGUUUAUUUUUAGUAGUGUUGCCAGUAUUCAUUCUUCCCGCCUGAAAAUUUAGAUAACUCAGAAUAUUAUAUUUUUGGUGCUCUGUGUUGUUUUGUGAAGUGUUAUUAAUAGUCAAGAAACGUUUUCUAUGGCAGCUAUGCCAACAGAAAUUAGUUGUGGAUACCAAUUUAGAAAUACACAUAGGCUGUAUUAGCAUAGUUAGGUUGUAAGUAACUCCUUGCUGGUGAAGCCUUGCUGGUGAAAUGGGCUACCUGAAGCCUUGUAUAGGUCAGAACCAAAAUAUCACCCUGGAAACAAGACCCUUCUUUUGCAAAUAUCAGAAAGUAUCUGAAAGAAAAGCAUGGAGAAUAUUACAGAUGGGAGGCUCUGAGCUGGACGCAGUUGAAAAAGGUUGCGGUCAGUGUGAGAUCGACCAAUGUGAUGGGAGCGUGGGAUAUGGAGGAAGCCCAGAUGAAAGUGGAGAAACAACACUGGAUGCAAUGAUUAUGGAUGGCAACACUAUGGAAGUUGGGGCAGUUGCGGAUCUGAGACAUGUGAAAAAUGCAAUUGGUGUAGCAAGAAAAGUCAUUGAACAUACUAAGCAUACAUUAUUAGUGGGGGAGUCAGCCUCCCUGUUUGCUGUAAGAAUGGGGUUUCCAUAUGAAGAUUUAACAACCUCAGAAUCUCUUUCGGUAUAUGCAAAGUGGCUUAAUCAGAGCUGUCAACCAAACUACUGGAAGAAUGUAGUACCAGACUCUUCAAAAUCCUGUGGACCAUACAAAAAGGCUGAAAAAGUAAUUUGUGAAGAAGAUUGGACCAUCUACCAAAGAAGGAUAAAUGUUCAUAAUCACGAUACUAUCGGUAUGAUUGUAAUUGGUGAGAGCGGGACCAUUGCUUCUGGGACAUCUACUAAUGGUGGAGUCCACAAAAUUCCAGGCCGUGUAGGAGACUCUCCAAUAGCUGGAGCAGGAGCUUAUGCUGAUAGUACAGCUGGAGGAGCUGCAGCCACUGGGGAUGGUGACAUCAUGAUGCGCUUCUUACCCAGCUAUCAAGCUGUGGAGUAUAUGAGGAUGGGAACAGACCCAACAGUAGCCUGUCAGAAAGUUAUUUCCAGAAUCCAGAAGUAUGCACCGAAGUUCUUUGGUGCUGUUAUAUGUGCCAAUGCAACUGGAAGUUAUGGUGCUGCAUGUAAUAAAAUUCCAGGAUUCACUCAAUUUCACUUCAUGGUUUAUAGCCCUUUGCUAAGUCAGCCAUCUGAGCAAGUAGUAGACUGUAUUUAAUUGCUUUUGUACUAGUAACAUCUAAACUUAGAGGGGGAAGGACUAAAAAUGUUUCUUAGGUGUUAUUUUGCAAAAUGCUUGUUCAUUUUUAUUGUUGUAUAAACCUUUGAGCAACUGCAACGGUAUGUUGGAGAUGCACCUAUUACUUCACUGUUUUUAGUAUGUUCUACUUUGUAAUUACUUUGUACAGUGCCAGUAAACAAUCUUUAGGUGCUUAAUGUAAUUAUUUCAUAAAAUUAUUUCUGAAUGAUUGCGGAUUUUAAUCUAGAGUGAUAUUUAAGAAAUUGACUCUGUGUAGUUUUAGGGAAGUGAAUAUAUUUGCACAACUAGAGAGUGCUUAAACUUUUACAGUUAGCACAGGGAAUUCAUCUCUGCUUAAAAGUCAACGUCUAAGUGAAAUGGCUGAAAUUGAUAUGCCUUGCUCUUGCAUAUGCUUGAGGUCACUUAAGUCAGGAAUUCAGUAGACAUUCCAUUGCAUCCCAAACUUGUGCAAACCUGAGAAUCAAACUGUGGUUCUAAGUAUGGCAAAAAGUUCUGUGAAUAUUUACUUCUGAGUAAUUCCAGGUUUCAUAAAAUGGACAGAUUUUUGUGUGCAUGUAAAGACUGAGUGUCUAAUAGCCCUUCUAAUCUUUUUCUUUUCAUAAGAGCUAAGUAGUCAAAAGUGAUGCAUAGUAACCAUUGAACUGGACCUUCACUUUGCCAUUUGAAAGUCUUUGGCAGAAGUCUGGAAUGGGGGGGGGAGGGGAGAAGAAAGGGGGAUUUAUUUUGAGAAUUGUUAAUCAUCCUUCUAAGAUUUAGUCCAGGUUUCUUUCUCUUUGAAAAGAAAAUUACACGUAAACUCCAGAAACCAAGGAAAGGGGAUUGAAGAGUGGUGGUGGUGAUUUGGAAACCUUAAUUAAGAGAUAAGGAGCAUUUGCUUGGUGGACAUUUCUAACUUGUUUUGCAAUGGUUGAGAAUCUCUUUGAAUAGAGAGGACAUCCAGACAUCCCUGUUAGUACAAGCCUUCAAGGAGCAUUGAAGUCUUUUGUUGAUUCUUUUAAGUGGAUGAGAAGACAGAUGGAAAUCUUCCUGUCAUCUUUUUUCUGUAGUGGAAGUUAAUUAUGAAUUUUAAUCACAGUAAUUCCCUCGUCACUGAUUUCCUGUGUGCUUGUCCUUUUUGUAGUACAUUAUCCCUUAAAAAGAACAAUUGCAUAUGUAUAGUAUGGCAGUUAGCUAUAGCUAACAAAGGUAUUUUUGUCACUGUCUGUGUCCAAAGAUGCCAGGGUUCACUUACAGUAGAACUUUAGCAUCUUGAAGAUUGUUCUAUAUGUAUUUGAAGAUAUGUUUGAUCCUUCUCUUAACUUGAUGGCUUGAUGAUCAUUUGACCGAAUCAUUACUAAACUUGAAAUUGCUAGGGAAACUUCAAAAAGGGGGAAGGAGUAAAACAAUCAGAUCUUGUCAUAAAUACUUUAAUUAUUUUUUUCCUACUGAAUAAAAGCAUUGAGUAAUAAAAGAACAUUUCAAUGUAUCAAUUAUAACUAAGGUUGUUCUGAUGCUUUUAUACUGUGCCUUACAAUGAUCGUGCCUUACAUUCCAAGUUGGUGUGUUUAAAAGCUGGAAAAAACCUUUCAGACUAGAAUAGGCCUCUCUAAUGGCCUGCUGUUAAGCUUCAUCAACAGAAUCAUUUAUUUGGAGGAUUCACUGCUGUCACUGGAUUUUAGAGCAUUUCAUAGGACAGACUUCAGUGCAGGCCACACUAAGUUUUUGUCAGAGGAGCUCUUACUGAAUGUGUCUACAGUGGUUUUAGAUAAAGUUUCUGCCUGCCCAGCCUACUACCCUUCUGCCAUGGAUGAUGUGUCUUUAGUUGGAGUGGGCAGAAUGGCAUCUGCACUCAUAAACUGAAGCAACCAAGUGCAAAUGGAUUAACAAAAAGCCCAGUGAUUAGUACCUUAAAGGCAGCAUUUUGGUAAGUAAGCAGUUCAAUACUGGCAGCUAGGAGUGCUAAUGUCUUUAAGUGCUGCAGCUGAAGCCAACAGGAUGCAUUUUUGGAAGAGUCUGGGAACAUCCAUGAAUUGCGUUCUGGUGUGCUUAUACCACUCUGUCUUGGUGUUAGCUAGCAUAUACAAAAAAGGGUUAUGCCUGCCCAUGCUGAAAACUCGUGAUUGCUCAAGUAUGUUUCAAGUAGAAUUCUUGCUUACUACAUAGCCAGUGCAUCCUUGAAAUUACUGUAAAUGAGAACAAAAUUACUUGUUUCCAUGAGAUACUAAUACAUCUGGUAUAAUAAUGUGGGUUACUUCGUGUUAAUUAGUUAUAAUUGAGAGGGUUACUUUGCAUGAAUUACUUGAAUAUAUUGUUUGGUUGACAAUAUUUUGAAAUGUAAUAUUUAUAAAUAGACCUUUCCAGUGAUGGGGACUGAACUUAUGAAUUAAACUAUUUGCUUAAUAUUUUGUCUUAAAAAUAUUUCUCUAAUGUUCUUAAAGUAGCAUUGUUUUCUUAUGCUGAGCAGAUGCAUGAAUUCAUGCUUUUUUUUUUUUAAAAAAAAAGCUUUUACAAGUACAAAUUUUUGUCAAAAGCAAGCAAAAACUAUAGUGGUUGCUGCUGUCACUGCAAAAGUUUUGUUUCUGAUUUCAAGAAAUUUUGUAUUUAAGGUUUUACUCUGCAACUUUUAUUACAGAAUAAAACUACAAAAAAUGAGUAAUUAUAAGUUAGUGACACAGUCUUAUGCAUCCUAUCUAUAAAGGAUUUCUUAGUUGUGUUUUAAGUGUAUUAGUUGGUAGCUGUCCUCUCUUUCUGUUUCUAAAGCUUCUUACAAAUCAUGUCUUCAUCUGAUGUAGACAGAAAAUGAUAGAAUUUCUUAGCUAAAUAGUCUGACUGAAAAAGCUAGCUGUGUCAUGUUUUGCAUGGCACUGAAUUGUUCUUUAAUAAACAAAUCUGUAUGAGCCCUGGCA